UUCUCUUGCAGACAUGGCUUAUUGGAACUCCUUCCUUCUAUUCAGUUUGAUGGCCCCUUGGACCACGCUCUGUCCAUCUCAUGCCUUUCCAUCUGGUGCUCCUGCAUCAGCCUGUGAGAAUAUGUUACCUAUUCACACAGGGAUCCAGCCUCAACAGACUCCAGCACCCUAUGAAUUCCUAGUUAGUACACCCUCUUUCCUAAAUGGGCAGCCUGUUAAUGUUCAGAUCCUUGGUUCUGCAUACAGAGGGUUAUUGUUGGAAGCUCGUGCAUUUGGUUCCACAGCUGCACUAGGUUUUUGGCAAACUCCUCCCAAUAAUACUAAAUUAUUACAGUGUUCUGGAAAUCCACAAGGCGCAGUGACUCAUUCUAACACAAAUUUAAAACCAAGACAAGCCAGUUACACGUGGCUUCCACCAAACUCUGGCUGCCCUUCAGUAGUUAUAUUUGUGGCUACAGUCGCCCAGUCUCAUGACAUCUACUGGACCAAUGUCAAAUCCAAAGUGAUCUGGAGAAGUGAGUAG